AUGGCACAAAAACACAAAAAAAAUAAUUCUAAAGAAUCGAACACCAAUGGGUGGUGGCAUUUUUUUGUUAUUAUUACUUUAACAAUUUUAACUAGAUUUUAUAAAGUUGCUGAGCCAGACCAUGUUUGUUGGGAUGAAACACAUUUUGGAAAAAUGGGGAGUUGGUACAUAAACAGGACAUUUUUUUUUGAUGUACAUCCCCCAUUGGGAAAAAUGUUAAUUGCUUUGUCAGGAUAUUUAACUGGUUAUGAUGGAACAUUUCCUUUUGAAAAACCAGGAGAUAAAUAUGAAAAUAUUAAUUAUUUUGGAAUGAGAAUGUUUUGCACAAUGAUGGGAGCUUCAAUUGUUCCUUUUUCAUUUAUUACUGUUUGGGAGCUUACAAAGUCCAAAAUGAGUGCUUUUCUAAGUGCCUCUUUUAUAUUAUUAGAUGUUGGUAUGGUGACUCUUACUCAAUACAUUUUGUUAGAUCCUAUUCUAUUAUUUUUUGUUAGUGGAUCUGUCAUGGGAAUGGUUAAAGUUAAAGGAAAUCAAAAAAAAUCCUUUUCUUUAAAAUGGUGGCUUUGGUUAAUAUUUACUGGAAUUAUGCUAGCAGGAGCAGUCAGUGUAAAGUUUGUUGGUUUAUUUGUUAUUUUACUUGUUGGAAUUUUUACAGUUGUUGAGUUGUGGGAAAUUUUUGGAGAUUUAUCUUUACCUGUGAUUUUUACUGUUAAACAUUUCAUUGCUAGAACUCUAUGUCUUAUAAUUUUGCCAAUCCUCCUCUAUGUUUCGUACUUUUACAUUCACUUAGUGGUGCUCAAUAAAAGUGGAAAUGGAGAUGGAUUUUAUUCGUCUGCAUUUCAAUCCAAACUUAUAGAACAAGCUCCCAUAACGAAGAAGCAUUUUCAAGUUACAGGAUAUGGGGAGAACGGAACGGGAGAUGCUAAUGAUAUUUGGAAAGUAAUUAUUGAUGGAACCGAUGAAAUAAUUCCAGUCAAAACCGUAACUAGUAAAGUAAAGUUUAUUCAUUACUUACAACAUUGUAUUCUUACAACGACUUCAAAACAAUUACCAAAAUGGGCUUAUGAACAACAAGAAGUCACUUGUAAUCCAAAUAUAAGAGAUGUAAAUGCACUCUGGAAUGUAGAGGAUAACUUUUUUCCAAAACUUCCUAAUGUAAGCUUUGAUGUUUACGCUCCAGGAUUUUUCGAGAGAUUUUUCGAAUCGCAUGCCGUUAUGUUUCAAGGAAAUGCUGGCCUAAAACCUAAAGAAGGAGAAGUUACAUCACGCCCUUGGCAAUGGCCUUUAAAUUAUCGAGGACAGUUUUUUUCUGGAAGCAAUUACAAAAUUUACUUACUAGGAAAUCCAAUCAUUUGGUGGAGUAAUUUAUCUCUUUUACCCAUUGCUGUCUUGAUUAUUUUUUAUGAUGCAAUCCUAAGUAAAAGAGGAAUCACCACAAGUAAAGAAAUCACAGAAUCUCGAAAAAGAAUGGUCAACGCAUGCCUUUGGCUAUUUAUUGGAUGGUUUGUUCACUAUGCUCCAUUUUGGACAAUGGCAAGAGUUUUAUAUUUUCAUCACUAUUUUCCAGCUGUAUAUUUUUCAUCAAUGCUAUCUGGAGUAGUUAUUGAUUAUUUUUUGCAAGCUAUAUCUAAAUUCUUUUCUGAAAAUUGGACUAAUGUUUUAUAUCAUUGGAGCCUUGGAAUUAUUCUGUCAAGUACUUAUUACAGUUUUUAUCUAUUUUCACCAUUGGCUUACGGCAUGAUAAGUGAAGGAAAUGAAACUUAUAGCGAAAUGAAUAAUUUAAGGUGGUUGGAGUCUUGGGAAUUUUGA